AUCUUCAACCACUCAGCCACUCAGCCGCUCCCGUUUUCAUCAGUCGAAGAACAUCAGAUGGCCACCCAAAGAAUCGUGUCAAAGGAGAAGUCCUACCUCGACAAUGAUGGAAAGGCUCCCACCGAGAAAUCCAACAUCGCUCCCGCCGUCCCAUCCUCCGUCAUAGCCAAACUGUUAAGCUUCACAUUCGCCAUGAUUACCCUGCCCCUGGGAACCUAUUUCUUCAUGGUCAAUGUCGUUAUAGUCGGAAACACAACGUACGCCGGCGCCCUAGCAGCCAUCAUGGCCAACAUUGUCCUCUUCGCCUAUGUAAUCGUCGCAAUGAAAGAGGACCAAUCUGAAAGAUUAGAGGAAGAAGAGAAGAAGAAGAAGUCACUUUGAGCAUCCUCCCACCCAUCAUUGUCCUAGUCUGGAUGGCUUUUAUCCUAAAAUAGUUAAUUAAUAGUCACAACAAUUGCAUGUAGUUCGAGCUGUUGAGUAACAUGAGGACACAUCAGCC